AUGGUGUUUAUUGUGAAGUUGACCUGGUUCUUUCUUUUGAUCAAAGCUCUUCAAUACUCACUAGUCUAUUUUUCACCAUCGCAAUUUGAUACUUCCACAGAAUUACUACUGAAACAAUUAACAAAUGAUACAGACCACCAACUGAUUGAUACAUAUUGGAACUCAAAUUUCUAUAAUAAACUACUUUCAUGGGAUAGUGUGUUUUUCUUGAAAGCAAUUGUUCAUGAGAAAUCACCAAAUGAUAUAAUAAAAUUUGAACAUGAAUAUGCAUUUUCAAACAUUUGGUCUAAAUUAAUCUAUGUUAUUGAUUUAUAUAUACAUGGGCCAUUGUCAAUAACUGGCAAAGAUAUGGACAUAAAUUAUGUAUAUCGCGUAAUAAAAGUCGGAUUAGUUGUGGGAAAUAUAAUAUUUUAUUUAUCGUCGAUUUUAUUGUAUUAUUUGACAAUCUUAACCUUUUCAAACCAUAGUACUGAUCUUAAAUCAAAGAAAAUUGCAGAAAAAACAGCAUUUCUUUUCAUUAUUUCCAGUGUAUCAGGAUUUAUUAUUAGUAUUUAUUCGGAACCAUUAUCAUUCAUGUUCGCAUUCAUUGGAUUAAUUACUCGUGAACUGUCACUCAAUAAUCGUGACACAGAUAAAAAUGGCAAUACAACUGAAUUAUUCGAUUUGAAAUUAUAUUGUUGGCCACUCUAUGUCAUUGCAACGAGUCUAUCAUUUAUUAUUGCGAUGUGGAAUAGAACUAAUUGCAUAUUUUUAGGAAUAUAUUUCCUGUUUGAUGUUUUUCAAUUAUUGUACUCUAGGAAAUUCUACAAAAUGAUUUUUUUUCCAUUACUUUCUGGUAUACUACUAUUCACGGCAUUUAUUUACAAAGAAUAUUACGUUGCUUACUAUCAAUUUUGUCCAGAAAGAGGAGAAUGGUGUACUACUAGUAUCAUUGAUAAAGUUCCAUUUUUGACAAAACAAAGCUUUUACAAUUUUAUUCAGACAAAAUAUUGGAACAUAGGAUUUCUGAACUAUUGGACACUAAAUAAUAUACCAAAUUUCCUUUUUGCAUUACCAAAUAUUAUAAUUUUAAUAACGGCUACAAUAUAUUUUACUAAAAAAUAUCCGACAAGACACAUUACUCCUACUAUUUGGAUUACAAGAUGUUUCUUAUUGGUAUUGAUUUUUUUUGCACAUGUUCAAAUCAUAAAUAGAGUGUUUUCAUUCAUACCUAUUCAUUUAUGGUUCAUCUCUGACAAGUUAUACAGAAACGAAUAUCUAAUGUUCACAAAGAAGACCGACGUAUGCCAUGAAAAAUUAGAAGUAGAAAGAGAUGGUAUUAAAAAUAUGAACAGAUUCACUUCAGAUUCAGAUGAUAAAAUAAUUAAAUUUUAUCUUUAUUGGUUAUUAUUCUGGGUUCCAUUGCAAACCAUAUUUUUUGCGUCUUUCUUACCUCCGGCAUAA